GAAACGUCAAACUGCAUUGUUUUGUUUUGCAAUCGAAUCACACUUUUCUCGCUAGUUCCAGUACUUUGUUUAUUACACCGCGAUCGUUAACAGAUUUCACAUGUUUCGAAUAGUCUCGUCCGGCGAUUCGCUUCUACGUGCGUUUGCAGCAUUAAAUAUUGGACGCCAAACUGCAUCGAUAUGUAGUGCACCGAAGAAGUUUGUUAUCUGCCACAAUAAACCGGCAAACGAGGAAUAUCGUGCCGGUGCAUUACUACAACCCGUCGUUCCUACAUUAUGUAAUGUACGGCAAACAAGUUUCUUCAACAAACUUCCCGCGGAGCAAAUAUGGAAGGGUGUAAUCUCUGUCAGUAAUGCCGGUAAGAAGCGAGGUCGUGGUAAAGGAUCGGGACGCAUCACUGCGAAGGAUCUCAAUAGGGGACAGAUGAUUGGCUACGGUAAGGCUAACAUCGUAUGGCCCGGUUUGUCGGCACCGGUCAUACGGGGCCGCGAACUGGUACAGCAACAAAGGCUCCCAGAAGACAAAGAGCGUGAGGCAAAGUUGAGACGCAUCCGCGAUGAGAUGGUGAAUUUCAAGCGGCUCAAGUUAAGCCCGCUCGAACGCGGUUGGUCUGGUUCGAAAAUGCCUGGCCGUAGCAUCGGUCCGCCGGAUACGAUUGGCGAGGAUGAGUUCGUCGGAUUUGACACGAAGUGCCUGGAGCUGAAGGCGGUAGUCAACAUGAAAGGUAACCAUGGCCGAAAGCGACGCGUUUCUGCGAUGGUGGUAACGGGCAAUGGGAACGGUUUGGCCGGCUUUGGAUUUGGGAAGGCAAUCGAGGGACGCGCUGCGUUGCGUCAAGCGAAGAACCGUGCCGGUCAGAAGCUAAUGCAUUUCGAUCUUUGCAAUGGACACACGGUUUUUCACGAUUUCCACUGUCAGUUCGGGGCCACGAAACUGUUUGUCGAGCGAAAACCAGAGGGCUUCGGGCUCAAGUGUCACCGAGCGAUUAGAACCGUAUGUGAGGUGCUGGGCAUCAAAGAUUUGCGCGCCAAAUGUGAAGGGUCCACCAAUGUACAGCACGUGGUCAAAGCAUUCUUUAUCGGAUUGCUUAGACAGAAGGAUCAUCAACAGAUAGCUGAGGAAAAGGGUCUCCAUGUGGUGGAAUUCCGGCCGGAAAAUAAGAACUUCCCGAAAGUGGUGGCUAGCCCGACCGUGUGUCGCACCGAACGGGAGCUAGAAAAUAAUGAAAUUCUCGACUUCACACAGUACUGUAUGGAUGGCAAGAUUCAGCUGCAGAAGAAAAAGCUUCCUCCCUUCUACACUAAAUUCCGUUCGUGGGAGAUUUACCUCAAGAAGCAGGAGUAUCUACGCAAUCAGGACAAGGUGCGGCUACGGAUGAUGGCCGAGACGGGCGAGGUGCGCAGCUAUCUUACAGAAAAGUAUCCCGAAUGUAGGAUGGGACCUGGUCCCAAGGAUGAGUAAAGAACGGAGGUGUGAGAGAGUGUCUUUAAUCCUAAAUUAAAAUAUUGACGAAGCGCGAUAGCCUGUGAGUUUGUAGCGUGUCUUGCCGUGAGAGGCAAAAUAACAACUACGGAAAAGUGUGCAAGCAUGUUGCACAAAUAAAACAAAUUGUAUUAAAAAUAA